AUCUGUUGUAUUAAUAUGCAUAACGUUGUACAACAUUUAAUAUCUCAAAAGAAUUUUGAAAUUCAAAUUACAAACUGUUGUAUUAAAAAGUUUAAAUUUUAAAGUAAAUAUUAUUAUUCUCUGGUGUAUAAUGCUUCAUUGCACACAGCCCAAUCGAAAUGAGUUAUUUCACUCAUGGAUGGCGCUGUACUCGUUAUCCGAUACAAAUACUAAAUUGCCAAUAUAUUAAGGAAUAAAGUGCAUUAAUUUGAGGUAACUCAAGAUCUCAUAAAAUACAAUGGGACAAUACUGAUAUAAAAUACAAUGGGAUAUAUACAUAUGUAAAGUUAGCUUUUAUUAUUUUGAAUACCUUGAUAUACAACUAGCAUUAAGAAUGAUUACUUUUGAUUACACUCCUUAAAUGUAUUCCAACUGCUGAUGUUGGAAUCAACUCUGAUUGCUCGUUUGACAAUACUGCGGAUAUAUUUCUGACAUUAGAGCGGCAUUUGUUUGUUUGUUACAUUACAUAUUAGUGAAUAAUAUUAAAAUAAAAAUUCAUAAUGUACAAUGGUGAAUGUAGCAUACUUAUAAAGGAUAUUAAACCUGGAUUAAAAAACAUCAAUGUCAUUUUCAUAGUAUUAGAAAUUGGAACCGCCACUGUAACUAAAGAAAAUAGAGAGGUGCGGAAUUUUAAAGUUGGUGAUCAUUCUGCUUGCAUCAAUGUGUCCAUUUGGGAUGAGCCAGGCAAACUUAUAGCACCAGGUGAUAUCAUCAAGUUAACGAAGGGAUAUGCAUCAAUUUGGCGUCACUGUUUGACACUUUAUUCUGGAAAGAAUGGAGAAGUUUAUAAAAUAGGAGAAUUUUGUAUGACUUUCAACGAGCAAAUAAAUAUGAGUGAACCCAAACGACCCGAUCAACAGCAACAACAAUCACAGGGUCUAGCAGGUAUUGUUGGGAAUCCUCAGUUAUUGCCAAAUACAGGUGUAGCCACGGGUCCAACAGUUGGGCCAAAUACUACUAGUGUCGUGGCAUCCACGCAACAAGUGUCUCAAGCCGGCAGUAAUGGUAGUCUUGUAACUUCGAGUCAAGUAGGGCAAAGAUUGAUUGGAGCUUCUUUGGGAGGAGGCAUUCAACAAGCGGGGGGUACAACUACUGCGAAAUCAAGCAACAUUCAGCAAAUAGGACAAACACCUCAAAAACAACAGCUUACUAGCGGAUUAAGUGGCCAAAUGCCUGGUAAUACAAACGUCAGCACCUCAGUGCAACCAACAACACAAGUAGUGACUGUAGCUACUACAGGCGUUCAAUCACAAAGUAGCAAGCCAAGCCGAGGAGGACGCACUGGAGCAACACGUUCUAGUAACCUUAAGAAUGAACGCAGAUGAAAAAUACUAAUAUAUUUAUAAACGUAUUUUUAACUUCUAAACUUGCAUUCAUAUACAUAAUGAAGAACAAAGUUAAUACUUAUUCAAUAAAAUAUAGCAUAAUUUAAUUCUUAAAA